CCGGGGCAGGACGGGCUGAGCAGCUGGGACCCCACGUUCUCCCUCCGACGGGCUGGCCCGAGCCAGAGCAGCGGGGCCCCCGGGCUGCUGGGCUAAGCCGGGGGGCAGAUGAGUUGCCCCUGAAGCCUCUUUUCAACUCGCAUCUUGCUUCAGUGUCAGAACUAGCCGGCUGCUGACUUCGGCCGGACCCCAGCAAGCAGCGCUGGGCUAGCGGGGUCCCUGGGCCCUUCCCCGCUACAGUCACCGUCUCAUGCUGGCCAGAGCAAGCGGGAGCCACGGUUGCCCGAGCAAUCAGCAGCAGGAAACGUGGGAAAAGGAGGCAGAAGGUCGAAGGGUCUGAGAUGGAGGAGCCGCUCUGCUGCUGCGAGUACAUUGACCGGACGGGGGAAAAGAACCAUCUAGUGGCCUGUUGCUGUGACUGCGAGGACCUCGAUGAGGGCUGUGAAAGGUGGCUGACGUUCAGAUCUUUGCCCCCAGGGACUUUAGAGAGAAUUGCAGACACCAUCUUGGAUCGCUUCCGCAUCCCUUGGCUUAAGGGGGCCAUAAAGAUCAAUAUCACCCUGCUCCCGCCACUCAUCCUGCUGCCAGUCUUCCUCCACGUAGCAGCUCUGCACUUCCUUUUGGCACUUGUUAUCCUGACAUCCCUUCCUGUGGUGGUGCUGUGGUACUACUACCUCACACACAGGCGGAAGGGACGGACUCUCUUCUUUUUGAGCCUGGGGCUGUUCUCUCUGGGGUACAUGUAUUAUGUGUUCCUCCAGGAAGUGGUUCCGCGAGGCCAUGUGGGGUACACUCAGGUGGUUAUUCUCACCUGUGGGCUAAUUCUCAUGCUUGUGGCCCUCUCUCAAGCCAAGAGAGACCCUGGCUACCUUGCCAGGCAAAUGAGCAAUGACAAAUCACCAUGCCAAGGCAGCAAUGGCUUGCCAUACAGGAAAGUCCUGGGGAGCUCCAACGGGCUUCACGGAGCGGCUAUGUCUGGCAUUGCCAGCUGUCAUGCUAAGAACGAUGAUGCCAAGGGCUAUUCCAGGAUGUUGGCUGAGGGACUAGACAGAGCAAAGGAGGACUGGUGCACCAAAUGUCAGCUGAUUAGGCCACCUCGGGCUGGACAUUGCCGGUUGUGUGGCAUAUGUGUAAGGAGACUGGACCAUCACUGUGUCUGGAUUAACAGCUGCGUAGGGGAGCGGAACCACCGAGCCUUUAUCCUUGCGCUGUCACUCUUCCUGCUUACCUCCGUUUAUGGAAUUACACUGACCCUGGACACCAUCUGUAGGGGCCAAAAUAUGUUCAUAGCGCUGUUCUACUGCCCAGGGACCUAUGCAGACUACAGCUCUGCUCUGUCAUUCACGUGUGUGUGGUACUGUGCGAUUAUAACGGCCGGGAUGGGCUACAUCCUCCUCAUCCAGCUAUUGAACAUCAGCUAUAACGUGACUGAGAGGGAAGCUCGGCUGGCUCUGCGAGAGGACACCGGGCGCAGGCUUCUGGGCGGGACUGUGGUAGACACGGGCAAGUAUAACCGGGGCUUCCUGUAUAACUGGGGCCAGUUCUUGACCCUGGGGUCACCCACUCCUCAGCGCUCUGCUGAAGACAUUGUGUGAAUCCCUUUUCCCACUGAUCGCAGUGAUGUUCUGUGGAAGUGAAUGGCUCCUUCCACAGGGAUCCCACUGCCAUUCCUUACUGACUUGGAGGCUGGGCCCAUCUCAUCAUUGGUGUCUUAAGAGGCAUUAAAGUAGAGAGCUCUCGUACACCAGAGGUCAAAAGUAGGGUGCAGAAUGAAUUAAGCCAUAUGCACCAACCUGGAGAGACAAAGUCACACUCCUCCCCCACCUGCCUCCACACAGAGAAAUUAUGUAUAAUUCAGCAAGAUUAACAACAGCACAAGACUUUGAGAAUGUGGGUACUCCAUGUCUGGAUUUCAAAGCCAAGAUAAUCAAAUGCCAGGCUUCAGGCCUCAGCUGGACGCUGCAGGGGUCAGGACAGACUCCCCUCUCUUACCCACAUGCGGCAUUUCACAAAUGAUGUGAUGCCUUGUGCUGAUGAGGCAAACUAUGUGUACCAAGAGCAGGCCAUUCCAAGAGACAGGAUCGCAAUCAUAAUGGACCAAGGGGAAGAUAUUUAAAAGGGACUUUGUCUCUGUGGUAGCUUCAAGAACCAACUAAGACCUCUCUUCUGUCUUGUGGGCAUAUUUUUCAAUCUUUCAUUCCAUCCCAUCCAUAAAGCUGCCUCAGCUGUUAGUGCUUCUCUUAAGUGCCUUUGUGAGCAGUACAUCUAUAGGGCUGUUUGAGGUCCUGUCCUUGCUUAGCCCCCCCAUCCCCCACCCAAAGGGACUAUUCCAUCUAUGUGUGAGAGGGGAGGACUGGUCCCUCCUCUGUGUGCCAGUGAUUUCUUCCCUUUGCUUCUCUGAGUUGAUCCAAGGGCUUGACUCCCUUGAAUAUUUUUGUUCCAUUAGCAAUUGCUAGCACCACACAGCUGGUAAACAUUUUCCAAGUAAGACAGAUGUAAGUUCCCAAGUAGCUGUUACUCAUUCUGGGGCAGUGGUCCAGGUGGGAUGUAAAUAGACCCUUGUCUGAGGCUGCUACUGGCUUGUGAUUCCCCCUCCUUGUGAUGAGAGAGGAAUAAUAAUACUCCUGGGAGAUGGCUCACAGCUGAAGUACAGCUGCCAGGAUCCCCUUUCCCCCAGUCACUGAGAAUGUGCUCUACCCCCAGUAGACAUGUUUCUCAAAGGAACUGGAAAGGCAAGAUUCAACUCAGAGGCCUGGGGAUGAGGGGAAGGUUUGUAGGCCUCACAGAAGACUGCUGAAUGAAAAUGUUGGUUGCAGUGUUGUAUAGUCAGGAUAUUAGAGACAAGGUGAGUUAGGUAAUAUCUUGUAUUGGAUCAUCUCUUUGGUGAGAGAGACAAGCUUUCAAGCUCAUGUGACCUGAAGAAGAGCUCUGUGUAAACUCAAAAAACCCACGUCUUUCACCAACAGAAGUUGAUCCAAUGAAAAAUAUUACCUCCCCUACUGCGUCUAGCUAAUGAAACUGUUGGCGAGGGUUACAGUAGGGUUGCUAGAGGCCCGUGAGGACUGAGUGCACCUGCCUCUCAACCGCACGUAUGUGGGCUCCACUUUUAGCUGAAAUCACAAGUGAUGUCAUUUGGCAGAUCGUAUCCCAAGCCCUGGUUGUAAACACCACUGUAAUUUAAUAUGCCUGGCUAGAUAAGCCCUGGGCUCGGAGAGUGCUGGAGUAUUGUAGAUCCAGACUGAGAUGCACAGGCAGAGCUGGGAGGAAUCUCACUCUAAUUAUUAUGUGUCCACUCCACAGAAACAACAGUCAGGGAGUAGCCCCUUUGGUGGCAGACAGACCAAGGACUGAUUGGAGACUUGAACUCCCCUCUCCUUACUUAGAGGUCAUCUCUUUGGGGCAGGCUUAAUAAAGGGUGUGGGGGAGGAGAGCUAGCAGCAGGGCAAGCUUGCCCUCCCCAUCUCUCUCUCUACAUUCAGCCCCCAGUCUGCUGGUCUGGCAUCUUUCACCAUCACCAUACCACUCAUGAUACAGUGCCCAAGUUCACGUUGAUAUGCCCCUCUUUGCACUGUUCUGUUGCUUGCUAAAGUGGUAUAUGCAACUUCUGUGCCCCAGAGCAUAAUUAAUGAGCCUUAGGAAAGGCUGUGCUUGGAGCCUAGUAACAUGGAAAGAGCUGGUGACUUGUGCAGUCCCCUCUUUGUGAUCACUUUAAAAGGGAGAAACCUCUGUCUCCAGUCAGAGGGAAGGAAAGAAGAAAAUCAAGAGAUGUGGAGACCUCUGGCCCUUUAUUAUCCCCAUUUCAAUGAGAAAGCAGUCACAUGGAUCACAAUAAUCAUGCCAGUGGACGAGCUUGAUGAUCUGAAUUCUGUUGGGACUGGAGUUAUGCUCAUGUCAAGAGCUUGCUCAAUGCUACUUAACUGCAGAUGUGUCUGUAGCAGAAAUACAUUUAGAGGGGCUGUGGGAGCCUAGACAGAGGAGUUCUGCAUCAUGCAGUGAGCUCUCACAAACCUGUCCUGUUGGGAACUUGGAAAGGUUGAGAUAAUGUUGCCUUCUGGGCAGAAAAAAGCCACCAGAGGUGUAGAGCCCAGAACUAGGAACCAGGACCUUGGGCAAGUCACCUAACCUCUCCAUGCUUCAGUUAACCACUCUGUGAAGUGGGAAUAAAACUCAGAGAGAGAGAGAGAGUGUGUGUACGUGUGUACCAGUGCCAUCUAGUGGGUGGAAUUGGAGCUGCUCAACUGCAGGUUGGGCCCGACCAGAGCUUCAAGUGGUUAGAGGCUUGUGUUUUUGCAGCAGGAGGAUCUGAAUUCUAGUCCUACUGCAUGGGAAGUUCUAAGUGGCUACAGAAUGCACUCUGGUGGCAAAUGCACU